AGGUGCCCAGCCAUUCAUUACUUUGUGUUGCUCCAAUUUAUCUCAUUUCUUCCUUCUCUCCAACUAUUCACUUUGGUUCCUAUAAUUCAUGACAUAUAUGGUGUUGGCUUAGUUAGGGUUUCUAUUGCUGUGAAGGAAAACCAUGACCACAGAAACUCUUAUAAAGGAAAAACAAUUAAUUGUGGUAGCUUACAUUUUCAGAGAUUCAGUCCAUUAUCAUCAGGGCAGGGUCAGGACCACUCCCACAGGUUAUUUAGGACAGGUGGUCUUUGGGUUUUGUGUGCCCCCUUUCCAUGCCAUGCUUUCCUGGCCACCCGGGACUGCUCUCUUUAGCCUUUGCAGAGUUUCCUCAAGUCCCUCAGAUUUCAGCUUUCACACCCCUGCAAAUAAAAGUUAGGCCUUGCCAAGAGUGUCCUUCAGUUUUGUGGAAGAUUUUGUUUCCUAGAUAGGUCCAUAUUAGGGCAGAAAGAAAACGGUAGCUUUGGAAAAUUAAGUAUUUUUAGGGAUCGGAGCAGAACUUCCAUCUUUUGCAGUAGCUUAUAAUCAUCCAGAAACUUUUGCAUAUUAUUAAUUCACGCAGGUCACCAAUGCCCAAGGCUUAGGGUAGCCCAGAUCGUGUGAUAUCAGGAAGAGUCCGGCAGAGAGAGAGGCUGAAUAAGGUGUGGACCCGGCACUUAGGACUUGCACAGCUUUUGAGUAAACGAGGUACAGAACUACUUCAUCCAACCUUUCAGCCCGCCCAGUGUUGAAUACAAGUCGUCCGAAUAUGUCAAGGGUAAACUGACUAAUGCAUUUUCAACUUCUCAAAAACUGUCUGCAAAACUGUCUGCAUGUAACCCUAUCCUAAACGGACAUGCCAAGUUUAGUCUGUCCUUGGAAACAGAUGAACACCACCUGCACACGGUGAUGAAUGGGGGCAGAAAAACAGAAACCAGUGGAACUUGAGUGUAGAUCACGCGCCUAGUGGGGGGCCGGAUUUACUGUUGCCAAAUUCAGCUGUCUGUUUAUUCAUCCUUCCUCGCCUUCUCUGAGAGGCCACAAACACUUUGAACUGCAAAUCCUCUUUGGCAGGGUGACAGGGUGGCCUCUAGUCACCUGCAACAUUUCCCAGGCCUGUAUGUGGCGCUCAAGCGCAGGGACAGCCAAGAUAGGUCCCAGAGCCAGCUCCUGCGACACCCACAUAGCCACUUGAGACGUAGAAGGAGGAAGUGGCUGUAAGGCGGGCUGUCCGUUGUCCCUUGGGAUUGGGCCCUUGAAAGCUGGGCGGGACUCCGGCUAUGGUAUAUAAGAGGCGCACCACUGUCCCAGCUGUAGUGCUGAAGGUGCUCUUGCAAUCAGAUCCAGCGAGACUGAAGAAGAAAAGGCACGCUUCUGUUCGCCGCGCUGAACCUCAGACUAGGAGGAUGCGCCUCCUCGGUCGACUCCGCUCCUCGGCUCCUGAGCCCGCCUUCUCCAACGUGCUCACCCCGGGCCGCAUCCCAGAGUUUUGCAUCCCUCCGCGGCUGCCCGUCCCUUGCGUUCCCGAAUCGCCGCAAUCGGCCGCAGCUCUACCUUGGCGCUGCGCGGCCGAACCCGACCUGUGGCUGCGCAUCCCUACGGACUGCGACGAUAAUGACUUUGACCACACGGGUCGAACCGACUGGGACCCGCGCUCACAGGCCGCGCUCUCGCUGCCGCACCUGCCCCGCGCACGCACCGCCUACGGUUUCUGCGCGCUGCUCGAGAGCCCGCACACGCGCCGAAAGGAGUCGCUCUUCCUCGGCCACCCAGGCGUUCCCCGGCCCGGACUUCGCCACCGCGCGCACACCUACGCGGGCCCGCGCCGAGCCUCGGACCCUGCGCGCACCGCCCCGACUGAUCUGAACACUGCUCCGCCACCCGCUCCUGUGCCCUGCGUACGCCGCCUCCUGCGCGCCCCCGAUGGGCUGCUGAGCCGCGCACUGCGGGCCCCUCGAGGUCGGGCGAGCACGCGCCCCACGCCCAGUGGCGCCGAGCGCGAGCGUGCUGCCUCCUGCGCGCCCCCGACCCCAACCGGCCCGGAUCAUGAACGCCUGCACGCCGAGGCCAACGUGGCUCUGGGCCGCGGGGAUUGCACGCUGCGCCUGGCCGCCGAGUACUGUCCGCGCAGCGCGUGUCUCCGCCUCCGCCUGUUGCGCGCAGAGGGCCCGGCCGCCGCGCUCGAACCCCGCUCCCUGGGCUGCCGCCUCAGCCUGGUGCUGCGGCCCUCGGGCCAGCAGCGCGCCAGUGUUCUCCGGCGCAGCCGCAAGGCCGCCCUGGACCAGGACUGCUGCUUCGAUGGGCUCUCGGAGGAGCAGCUGCGCCGCCUGGCCGUGCGCAUUAAGGCUGAGAGCAAGGGCCGCGGGCUGGAGCGUGGACGACCGCUGGGCCAGGGUGAGCUGCUGCUGGGCUCGCUACUGCUGCUCUGAGCCCGGAUUCCGUGGGAGCAAGGACACUGACAUUCAUUUGGCCUUGAGAUGCAUAUACUCUUGGCCCUGGGACAUUCAGAGCCUCUUGGACGCUGACGGUGGCCUGCUUCUGGAACACACACACACAGCCUCUUGUCUUAAGUAUACUUUCCCUUUUGUACAAAAUAAAAGUUAUUUAUUUUUCUAUUUAUAA